AUGAAGGCCGCGCGCCAGGAGGCAACUGGCUCACCAGCUCACCCCCACGUUCAGAGGGGCUUGGAUGCUGACCCCCCUCCGCCCUGCCCCCAGGUCUUCGCCCUGAUAGUGUUCUCCUGCAUCUUCGGCGAGGGCUACAGCAACACGCACGAGUCGAACCAGAGGUACUGCGUCUUCAACCACAACGAAGACGCCUGCCGCUACGGCAGCGCCAUCGGCGUGCUGGCCUUCCUGGCCUGCGCCUUCUUCUUCGUGGUCGACGUCUACUUCCCCCAGAUCAGCAACGCCGUGGACCGCAAGUACCUGGUCAUCGGCGACCUGCUCUUCUCAGGUAUCUGCCCGGGCGUGGCCCCUCCGCUGCUCCCGGGAGGUGGAUGGAUGGGAGCAGCUGGCUGUGGCCUGCUGGCCGCCCUGGCCUACCAGCGCUACAAGGCCGGGGUGGACGACUUUAUGCAGAACUACGCGGACCCCACCCCCGACCCCAGCACAGCCUACGCCUCCUACCCGGGCCCACCAGUGGACAGCUACCAGCAGCCUCCUUUCACUCAGAACGCCGAGGCCACCGAGGGUUACCAGCCUCCCGUUGUGUACUGAGCCGCCCCAGGGGAUGGUAACGGGGCAGGGAGGGUGCCUGGAGGGCUGCCCCUGGGUCCUGGACUCCUCUCGCCCGCAAGGUGUGCCUCCAGGGGCUGCUGGCCUCUCUGGUCCCACUGGGCCUGUGGGAGCCCAGGCACCAGCUGGAGAGCCCCCGCCUCCCCUGCCGGAGUGCCCAGGCCCCAGGCAGCACCCACCCUCCUCAGGGCAUUUUUAAAGAAGAGUUUUUAGCUA